CUUGAAUUGUAUGUUUGUAUGUAAUGUCUAGUCAGAAGAAAGUCCUUUCAUAUCCUUUUUAAAAAGAAAAUAUAAAAAAAUAAUUGUCUGUUGCGUACUAAAAGGAUUAAAAAAUACACAUAAUUGUUGUUGGUGAUAAAAAUAAUUACACUAUUCAAGUUUGUGUGUGACCAAAGUCUAUACAAGUUCUCAUUAAAAAGGAUUCGUCUCAAAUUUAAUAUAAAGCAAAUUACCCUUGUAGACAAGUUUUAUGUGUUUUGUUUUUGUUCUGAGUGUGUAGGAGGAAAAAAGUGAAUUUUUAAUAUCUGAAUGAGCACAAUCUGUUGCACAUUAUUGUGUAUGUCUCUGUAGAAAAAAAUAAUAAAAAAAAAAAAAAAACAAAACAUCCUGAGUAUCCCACACAAAAAAGUCCUUGAAUGUCUAUCUGGGAAAUUAAAUAAAAGCCCUUAAGUGCGACAUCGGUAAUGAAUUGAAAAUAUUUUAUUGACACACAUACAAUACUUGGAUUUCUUAAAUAAAAAAAUAAAAAAAAAUUCUUUCCCAUUGAGACAAAGUGAAAUAGAAAAAGGAAAUAACUAAUUUAAAGGAAAGUACAGCGAUUUUUAAUUUUUUUGCUGCCUUGGUGAAAUUGGAAUAUAUUAAUGUGCCAUUUUGGUUGCGUGUUUUGAGCUCAUUAUCAAAUAAUGAGUUUAUGGAGUCAGAUUAAUUUUCAAUCCCCCAAAUGUUAUCUCACGGAAAUAAUUCAUUGAUAGCCACCACAACAUCAAACUACUAUCAGGACAAUGAUCGAAUAAAUGUUGCAGACAUUAACCUGAGUAAUGUAGAAUGUUGUUCCCUUCGACAAGGAUAAAUCGUAUCGGUCAUUUGUCUUAGCAACGACGGUCAGCCUAAAUGAGAAGAAAACAAAAAUUAAUCCAAUAAAAAAGGACCAAAAAAGAAGAAAAAUACGAAAAACACAACAUCAGAAUAUAUAACUUUUGCGGAGUAAGAAAACGAAAGAACGGUCGAACGCGUAGACGAAAUUUUGCAAAGAAAAUUGCUUCUUCAUGUUUUUGUGAAACCAACCCGCAAUAAAUCAAAAAAAAAAAAGAAAACCAAAGAAAAAAAACACGAAAAGGCAUAAUAUUUAUUCAUUUUUUCAUCAUAGGUGAAUGUCAUAACGGACAUUAAGGACACCAACAAACAGGAUCAACAAUUUUUGACGAUUAUAAGCUACUUUAUUUUCAUUGGGACACAAUUUUCGGUACCAGUCAUCUCCCUAUACAACACACACGUUUUGAUAAGAAAAAAUAACCAAAAAUUCCCUACACAAGGAUAUAAGCAACAAUAUAACAAACCAUCAAGGACGAAAAAGUGAUUUUUCAAGCGAUUACUCUCGGUCGGCGCGAUAAUGAGUUUUUUCAGUUCGCUUCAGCAGUACGUUACAAGUGGGGUAGCUGGUCUGGGACUAGGAAACCGACGGUUUUCUCUAUCACGACAGGACUCAAGUGAGGAUAAAAGUGGCACCGGAGCAGCCUCCGGAACUGCUGGUGGGGGAACAUCUGUUUCCGGCGCAAAUUCUACGAAUGCCACAGCUGCACCCCAUGUACAUGGAUUUCCCAAAGUUGUUCCACCACCUGGCACCACACCCGCACAGAAUUUAAGUUCCAGACGACAAUCAAGAGCAUUAGAAUGUUUAGUACCACCACGAACUGGAUCAUUUCGACAACGCAGCUCACCAGUUCAUCAGCCAGCACCACAGGAUCGCCCACCAUUGGCGUUUUGUAAAAGGAGACUAUCGUGGCCAGAAGUUGAUCCUAGAUCAACAUCGGGUGUUCAAGAAACAGAUGGCUCAUAUUUCGAGAGUUUUACAUCGCUGGCAUGGAAGCGUGAAAAUCGACGUAUGUCAGCGGUACGUGCCGCUGAGACACGUGCCGAAACUCUACCCGAAAAUGAACGUGAACAGCCAGUCGAUGAGAUACUUGAUCGUUUUGAAGAAAAAGAAAAGCUUUACGUCGAGGUAUUGCAUACGAUUGCGAAUACUGUUGGAGCACCAGCGCCAGGAGGACAGUUCGCCCACUAUAAAGAGGAAAUGUAUUUACAUGCACAGCGAGCGUUUGGUGUAAAUCCGGAUCGACAUUAUCGUUUGCUGCAUAAUGCUGCAGAGGAUAAGCCAAAAAUAAUCGUUCUAUCGGUUGUUGUGCAGGAAGCGGAAGGACUCGAAGCAAAGGAUGCUAACGGCUUUAGUGAUCCUUAUUGUAUGCUGGGAAUACAACCAGAUGGAGGACCACCAGUAUCACCACAACCCCUACCACCUACCCCAAGGACCUUAUCGUCGGACAUCAAUCUGGGCAGUGGUAUGGGUGGUUUCGAUAACAAUACAGAUUCGCCCACUCACCGCAAACACAGUUUUCGUCUGAGUUUCAAGCGAAAGGAGGCCACAGCCAGGAGAGAACAAAGGGACUCAUUAGGUGGGCCGGUACCUGCGAAAUUUAUACGAGCAACAUCAAUCAAACCGCACACACUGUGCCCCAAAUGGAAUGAGAAAUUUAAAUUUGACAUCGAUGACAUUAACACCGACACAUUCCAUCUGGACAUAUGGGACCACGACGAUGAGAGCUGUGUCAUGGAUGCGGUGUCCCGCCUAAACGAGGUGCGCGGUGUUCGUGGCCUGGGGCGAUUCUUCAAACAGGUAUGCCAGUCAGCCCGUCAAGGCUCCCAGGAUGAUUUCCUUGGGGCUGUGAACAUCCCUAUAGCCGAUAUACCAUCGACCGGCCUCGAUGGUUGGUUUAAAUUGGAAGCACGUAGUCAACGGAGCACGGUCCAGGGGCGAAUACGAUUGAAACUUUGGUUGUCUACCCGCGAGGAUCAUGGCACCUCCGAGGAGGAUAACGAAAUCGAAAUUAGCAAAAUUGAAAAGCUGCAAAUGGUUUUCAUGGCGCACGAAGUGUCAACACACGAGCCCACUUGGACGUGGACUGGCGAAUUGCCAGGCCCCGCUCUAACCAUUCUCCAUCAGAUGGCAGUGCAGGGAGAUUUGGUAGAGCUGCAUUGUGCACUGGCGAGGUUUGUGGCUGCCGUGAAACUAAACCGCACCACACCCAUCGAUCCGAAGUUUAUCCAUCGCCUGCUGAUAGAUGUGGACAAGUUGUGGAACCAACCCAAUCAAGAGGCACUUACACGGGAGCUAGAACAGUGGUUGGCCGAAGCAAUGACAAGCAUGGUAGAGCGGUCACUCAACCAAAUCCGGCGACAUCGAGACAUCUUCCCGUCGCUGCAUCCACCCUCGUUGAUACGAUUGGAAUUCCUGUUGCGAUGCCUCGGUCUGUUGGGCUCAAUGAAGGCAUUCCGGCAGGUCUGCCCGUUCAAUAAGGGUGUGCGAGGCGAGAUUGUGGGCUCGUUGCGGAAGGGGUCCAUUCAAUGGGGACAAAUGGUUUUGCGGGACUCUCAGCGCUCACCGAAUCCUCUAGUCAAUUUCACAACCACCCUCAUAGCUGACAUCCAACUGGGACUAACCUACUAUCAUUCGCUGUUCGAUACGACCAAUGGAAUCCAAUAUUUUAGCAUCAUCUACAAACAAUUCGACGCUAUGUUGGCUGAAGAAGUACUCUCCCGCAUGGAAACCGGUCAAGUUCCUGGUGUACCAAGUCUUAACCAGUACGCUGUUUUGGAGGGCGAUAAAGAACCAGUAGACAUACGACCUUUUGAGUUAUUCCUAGCCUUACAGGAAUUCUCCAGUCUGAAGCAGCAUCUCUCAGUGAUGCCCCAGCCUCCUGAGAAACCUUUAGCCCUUCAACUUUUCCACGAAUGGUUUAUCCCAAUUGUCGAACGUUGGAUGAUGGUGAGUAAGGCCAGAGCUCUGCAGCGAGUUCGAGCUGCUAUAUCGAUGGACCAAAUUUGCGAGGGUGAACGGAUAGUUCGAUACAGUACUUCGUCAAUUGACACAGCGUCUUGCUUCUAUCAAGUCAAGGAAUUCUGGAAGAUGCUUCAAUGGCCGGACUAUAACUCAGCCCCUCACUUUGAAGCCCAACUUAUCGAUGUGGUUUGUUCAGCAGCAAUGCAUUACAGUGAUCUGAUCCAUCAAGCUCUAGCUGACAGCGGGUACUACGAGCAGCAGGGACCAUUUAGGUGCUCGGAUGAUAUGUGUGUGACCGUCAACAAUCUCGAAUACGUUCGUCGAUCUUUGUCAGAAUUUCGACCUGAUGGACAACUUCUUCAUGAUAACGCUGAAGCCCUAUUAGAAUCUAGCUUAGCUCAAUUAGAGACCCGUGCUGAAAGGGUUUUAUCAAAAUUAGCUCCUCUUAUGCAAGUUCCCCUACAAAAAGCUGUGUUUCAUUUAGCCUGGUCACCGGACUCUCUACCCGCCAAUCAGGCUAUAGUUCCCCUUCUCGAAUAUCUCGAUGUCCACCUUUCUGCCUUAAAUAGCGCCUUGCUAACUAAAAAUUUCAAUCGAGCCUUGAAUCUCAUCUGGAGCACUGUAUUAAGUGAACUAUCACGUCAAAUGGAUACCGGUGCCGAAGGCGAUAAACCAUCAAACUUUCACAACAGACUGUAUGAAGCGCUGCAAUUGCUUGUAGAAUUCUUCCAUGCCGAGGGAUUGGGACUCUCGAUGGAGAAUUUGCAUUCGGGUGAAUUUUGGAGGGUGGAACAACGUCUGCAAUAUCAUAAGACCGAAACGGAAAAACUAAUCGAUAUGUUUUACAUGCAAAGAUUGGAGGAACAGCUGAUGACCAUGCCACCGGGGCCAUAUGGAAUGUUGUCGGUUCGGGCGUAUUUCAAUCAUGAUUCGUUGUGUGUGGAGGUGCUGCACGCGAGGGAUAUCAUUCCGUUGGAUCCAAAUGGUUUCAGUGAUCCUUUUGUCAUAAUCGAAUUGCUUCCAAGGAGGGUAUUUGCGCAUUGUACGGAACAGCAGACAAAUGUUCAUAAGAAAACCCUGAAUCCAGUUUUUGAUGAGUGUUUUGAGUUUUCGGUAACAUUGGAACAAUGUCGAACGGAGGGCGCUAUGAUUGCAUUUACUGCUAUGGACCAUGAUGUUCUGACGGCUAAUGACUUUGCUGGAGAAGCAUUUUUAGCAUUGGGCACAAUACCUGGAGUUGCUGAAUACACAACGAGUGUUGAGAAUUUCCAUGGACUGAAACAGAUGGAUAUAGCAUUGAUGCAACAGCAUGAUAAAAAUCAUCCAAUUCUUCAGAUUCUAGAAUCCAGAGCUUUGGACAAACAGGCAUUAGAUUUUGUGCGAAAGCAGAAAGCACGUCUAUCAUCAUAAUCAAAUAAAAAUCAAUUUUUACUGUAAUAGAUAAAUCAUAAAACAUCAAACUAAGCUGCGUAAACUUAUUGUUUCUACACACACAAAAAAAAUACUAUUUAUUGAAAUGAUGAUACAUUUAAUUUUAUAAAAACUACAUAGUUAUAAAUGUGCGGUGAGUAAAAAAAUAAAAGAAUUAUUUAUUUAUUUUAAUUUAUUUAAAAAAAAAAAAAAUCAAGCUUUUAAAAAACAACUGUGAGAAAUAAAUAUUUUAAAAUAAAAAACAAAAAAAAUUAUAUUAAUCUCUCUAUCGAAUUUCAGACUUAUAAUUUUAAAUAUUUAAUUUUCCAUUUUUUUUCUAUAAUAAAAAACUAAAAUAAAAAAAAACUUAAACUAAAUUUAAAGAAUUAAAGACUAUCAAAAUUGUAUAUUUAUAUUGUGUAACUUACUAAAUUUAAAUUUUUAUUAAAUAAGAUUAUAAAUAUAAUAUAUAAAUGUAUGUAUGUAUAACUAAAUAAAUGUAAAAAAUAUUAAAAUAACCAUAAUUAUUAAAA